GUGAACGUCUUCCAUGGACACAGUUCGCAGAGUCAGCCGAGCAUGGUCCAACGACGAAAUUCCUCUCACAGAUAGCAGCCAAAUAUGGUAUUGUGAUUAUUUCGUCAAUACUGGAGAGGGAUGAAGACAAGGAUGACGUGCUGUGGAAUGCGGCUGUCGUCAUUUCGCACACUGGAAAGGUGAUCGGCAAAAGCAGAAAGAACCACAUCCCAAGAAUCGGAGACUUUUCGGAGUCCACGUACUACAUGGAAUCCACACUGGGACAUCCAGUAUUUGAGACGGCUUUUGGUAAAGUGGCUAUCAAUGUUUGUUAUGGUCGCCAUCACCCUCAAAACUGGAUGAUGUACGCCCUGAAUGGAGCUGAGAUCAUCUUUAAUCCCUGUGCCGAGGUCGUCGAAAAUGAGAGGUUCCGUUCUAUUUAUAGG